CAUCGUGUUUCACUCCGUCAUAUGCAACGUUUUGUUGAUGAAGAAUGUCGAUACUCACCAUAAACAUUAAUCGUAGUAAACUCAGAGUAACGUGAGCGUGAUGGAUGUUGCGGUAGGCCACAGCCAUGAUUCCGAAUGCAGUAACUUAUCAUUCCAUGACGCUACAGAUGUCAUAUCACAGUCGUCAGUGAGAGACGGCGGGGGCUACAACGACUACGAUGAAAGCUGGGGCGAUUACUCUGACGAUUCAAACGGCCAACCCGCCCGACCACUCUCCAGGCCCAACCCCGUGGUGUUGUUGGCGCUACUGAUGGUGCCGUACAUGGUGUUGUUCUGUCACGCCCUGCACGUUGGGGUAGAUGUCAACCACGUGCUGCAGGAUGUCGCCGUGAACGCCUUCUACAUGACGACAUUUGUCCUCUGUCUCCUGGGAGCUGCCAAAUUGUACUACCACCGUCAACGCCUGCUGGAGUGGACGGUGCGUCUACUGUACUACGCCAACGACGGCCCGUUGCCUGGGGUGCCCCUCGACAACACGAAGCGCUGCAUCGGCGUCCAGACCCACGACACCGACUUCAACCGCCAGGCAGACACCGUCAGGAACUACCACGCCACCGAGACGAGGAGGGCACGACGUCACAUUCUUCAGAUGAGAAAGAAAUAUAGUUCAAGAGUGAAGAAGCUGAAGGAUUUGGCCAAGGAGCGGAACAUGAUCUUGUCGCGACUGCAGCUGAAGUUCCCGGAAGUGGAGCACGAGAAGGAGACUCUGAUCGCCGAGAGGGACGCCAUUGAGAAACAGCUGGAAGAGGAGAAACGACGGAACAAGGAGCUGAUUGGUCGGUUCCAAAGAAUCAACCAACAGUUCGGCAGACUCGGACAUGCGCAGUACCCACCUCCGCUGAUGGCGCUGGACCUUUACAAAUAAAUAGUACUUUAGUAUUACUGCGAUGUCCAUAAAACAAAUAAACAAUGUCACGAAAACCAA